AUUCCGGCGUAAAUGUGAUUAUGUGACCGAUGGAAGCUGCGGCGUGUAAUGACAAAGAAGUUCUGUGAUAAAUAGUAUUAUGUGAAGUAAAAUGUUCGAAGGAUCGAAUACAAAAUAGACCUGAGACCCUGAGACGUAAUAUCAGUAACAUGUCUAGUUCGGUAACUGGCAAGAACCUGUUACGGCCGAACAGCCUACAGUGUACAAAUCUACAGGAAUAUUUAAAAUCUCGUAGCUCCGACACUUUGAAUAAACUGUAUCACAAGCCUCCUAUAUGCUUAGCUGUAUUCCGUGAAUUACCUGUCAUUGCUAAGCAUUAUGUUAUGAGACUGGUGUUUGUUGAGCAACCAGUACCACAGGCAGUUAUAGCAUCCUGGUGUUCCAAGCUCUAUUUCGAGGAGCAUCAGAAGGUGGUACAAAUCUUGAAUGAGCUGUAUGUGUGGAAGGAAGCAUCCAUACCUGGUGGACUACCGGGCUGGAUCUUGAACAAUACCUUCAAGAAGAACUUAAAAAUUGUACUGCUGGGUGGUGGCAAGCCUUGGACCAUGUCGAAUCAGCUGGAAAUCGACAGUAAGCCGCGAGACGUGGCCUUUCUGGAUUCUUAUGCAUUGGAAAGGUGGGAGUGUGUCUUACAUUACAUGGUUGGUUCUCAGCAGCAGGAGGGCAUAUCUGCCGAUGCUGUAAGGAUUCUUUUACAUGCUGGUUUAAUGAAGAGAGAUGAAGCUGAUGGAAGCCCAAUUAUAACGCAAGCUGGUUUUCAGUUUCUGCUUUUAGACACAGCUUCACAGGUAUGGUAUUUUAUUUUACAAUAUCUUGACACAAUUGAAGCACGUGGUCUUGAUUUGGUAGAGUGUCUUACCUUUCUGUUUCAAUUAAAUUUUUCCACUCUUGGUAAAGAUUAUAGUACCGAAGGCAUGUCCGAAGGGCUCUUAACAUUUUUACAACAUUUAAGAGAAUUCGGGCUUGUAUAUCAACGAAAACGCAAAGCAGGAAGAUUUUAUCCGACUCGAUUAGCAUUAAACAUCGCUACUGGUGAAACUAAACCUUUAACCAGAGAUAUAGACAAGGAAGGGUAUAUAGUUGUGGAAACAAAUUAUCGAGUUUAUGCUUAUACGAAUUCAAACUUACAAGUUGCAUUGCUUGGACUUUUCUGUGAAAUGUUGUAUAGGUUUCCAAAUUUAGUUGUUUCAAUAUUAACAAGAGAUUCGGUAAGACAAGCAUUGAAAAGUGGAAUAACUGCUUCUCAAAUAGUAGGCUAUUUGCAGCAACAUGCACAUAGUAAAAUGAUAGAGGCAGGACCACCUAUAUUACCGCCUACAAUUGUAGAUCAAAUUAAACUAUGGGAGAAUGAAAGAAAUAGAUUUGUGUUCAGUGAAGGUGUUCUAUAUAGUCAAUUUCUUUCACAAACUGACUUUGAAGUUCUUAGAGAUCAUGCGGUUUCAACCGGAGUAUUAAUUUGGCAAAGUGAAAGAAAAAGGACCAUGGUGGUUACCAAAGCUGGCCACGAUGAUGUGAAAAAGUUUUGGAAACGAUAUUCAAAAGGCUCAAGUUAA